AUGGGGGAGGUUAUCGAUGCCACUUCAUUGGGUUGGGGCACCAGAGUGAAAGGCUUCAUUGCUUGCUUUGCAAUAGGAUGCCUGUGCUCGCUCUUGGGUAGUUGCCUGCUGUGGGUACCAAGAAAAGGGCUGUCACUCUUUGCAGUGUUUUAUACGCUGGGGAAUAUUGCAUCUAUUGGGAGCACUCUUUUUCUUAUGGGACCAAUGAAACAACUGAAAAGGAUGUUUGAGCCUACACGUCUGAUUGCUACUAUUGUUAUGCUAUUGUGUCUCAUACUAACACUGUGUUCUGCUUUCUGGUGGCGUAAGGAAGGACUCGCUCUGCUUUUCUGCAUUUUACAGUUUUUUGCCUUGGCAUGGUACAGCAUUUCCUUCAUACCAUAUGCAAGGGAUGCUGUGAAGAAAUGUGUUUCGGUCUGUCUGACCUAA